AUAUCACUGAUAAAUCGAUUAAACAAUUGCAAAUAUUCGAAAGUGAGAGUGGAAGCAACGAAGAAGAUCUUUAUCAUCGUUAGUAGAACAAAUUCGUGUAAUGAAAUGAUUAAAAUGGUAUUUGGCGCAAGUGUCGAAGUAAGAAGGAACAAUUCGAAUGUGAUAGCAUGGGUUAUGCCAUAUAGUUACACCGAAUUAAUGGAUCCGCGGAAGAGAUGUCGAGGUGACACAUACUUUAAUAAUGCUACCAGAGUUACUUAUGGAUUAGCGAGAGUGGAUUUGUUUUGCUUUAAAAGACGAUCACGUUUAGGAUUACGAAUUUGGAAACGAUCUGUUCAUGAAAAUAAGCAGGAAAAGCAUGAGUAUCAUCCAUUUACAG